AAUGUCACAGCUGUAUUACAGGAAUACUGACAACUCGUCAUACAGGGACCGCAUCCCCCUGCGGAUCGUGCGAGCCGAGUCUGAGCUCUCUGCCCUGGAGAAGGCCUACCUGGGUGCUGUUGAGAAGGGGGACUAUGCCAGUGUGAAACAAGCCCUGGAGGAGGCUGAGAUCUACUUCAGGAUCAACAUCAACUGCAUCGACCCCCUGGGGCGCACAGCGCUGCUCAUUGGCAUUGAAAAUGAGAACCUGGAGAUCAUUGAUUUGCUGCUCAGCUUUAACGUAUAUGUGGGUGAUGCCCUGCUACAUGCCAUCCGCAAAGAAGUGGUGGGGGCCGUGGAGCUGCUGCUCAACCACAAGAAGCCCCGUGGAGAAAAACAGGUUCCAGAAAUGCUACUGGACAAACAGUUUUCAGACUUCACCCCAGACAUCACUCCAAUCAUCCUUGCAGCCCACACCAACAACUACGAGAUCAUCAAACUACUUCUGCAGCGAGGUAUUUCCAUACCUCAGCCACAUGCUGUGCGCUGCAACUGUGUGGAGUGUUUGUCCAGUUCAGACGUGGACGGCCUACGCCACUCACGCUCCCGUCUUAACAUCUACAAGGCCCUUGCCAGCUCGUCUCUUAUCGCCCUCUCCAGUGAAGAUCCUUUCCUCACGGCGUUUCAACUCAGCUGGGAGCUGAAGGAGCUCAGCACAGUAGAGAACGAGUUCAAGUCAGAGUAUGAGGAACUGGCACGAAUGUGUAAACAAUUUGCAAAGGACCUCUUGGACCAGACCCGGAGCUCUAAAGAGUUGGAAAUAAUCCUCAACUUCCGCGAUGAUAUCAACCCUAUGAUGGAUGAGAUCACCAAUGAUCUGGCCCGACUGAAGCUGGCUAUCAAAUAUUGCCAGAAGGAGUUUGUUGCUCAGCCCAACUGUCAGCAGCUGCUGGCAUCUCAGUGGUAUGAUGAGUUCCCAGGCUGGAGGAGGCGUCACUGGGCAGGGAAACUCAUCACAUGUAUCUUCAUUGGCCUCCUCUUUCCACUGUUAUCAAUCUUCUACAUGAUCGCUCCAAAGAGCCGUUAUGGCUUAUUCAUCCGUAAGCCUUUCAUCAAGUUCAUCUGUCACACUGCUUCCUACCUGACCUUCCUCUUCCUGCUCCUGUUGGCCUCGCAGCAUAUAGCCUUUACACCCUCGAAGUAUCAAGACUUUCAAGGCCCAGCACCCACCAUUGUGGAAUGGCUGAUCCUGCCCUGGGUGCUUGGCUUUAUAUGGACUGAGAUCAAACAGAUGUGGGAUAGUGGUUUCCAAGACUACAUAGAUGACUGGUGGAACUUAAUGGACUUCAUAAUGAACACCUUGUAUAUUGCAACCAUUUCUCUGAAGAUUGUUGCCUUUACAAAGUACAGUGGGGCCAAAGAGAGAUACUGCUGGGAUAUGUGGCAUCCGACUUUGGUUGCAGAGGCAUUGUUUGCCAUUGCCAACAUCUUCAGCUCCUUGCGCCUCAUUUGCCUUUUCACUGCUAACUCCCAUCUGGGCCCCUUACAGAUCUCACUGGGCCGCAUGCUCCUGGACAUCCUCAAGUUCCUCUUCAUCUAUUGUCUAGUGCUGAUAGCCUUUGCAAAUGGCCUUAACCAACUCUACUUUUAUUAUGACACAAAUGGAUGCAAUGGAUGCAGGGGUAUUCGCUGUCCAGUUCAAAACAACGCCUUCUCAACGCUGUUCGAGACACUGCAGUCAUUAUUUUGGUCUGUAUUUGGCCUGAUUUCCCUCCAUGUGACCAAUGUGAACCCACCCCAUGAAUUCACUGAGUUUGUAGGCCGCACCAUGUUUGGCACGUAUAACGUCAUCUCCCUGGUAGUGCUUUUGAACAUGCUAAUUGCAAUGAUGAACAACUCCUACCAGCACAUUGCUGAUCAUGCAGAUAUAGAGUGGAAAUUUGCAAGAACAAAAUUAUGGAUGAGCUAUUUUGAAGAAGGGGGAACUUUGCCAUCUCCAUUCAAUAUCAUACCCAGUCCAAAGUCAAUUUAUUAUUUUUUUGGAUGGAUAUAUACACAUUUAUUUAAGAGGACAAGUUUAAAAAGGCUUGAAACCUUUGAAACUUUGGGGAGACGUGCAGCCGAAAAUGUAAGACUAAACCAUGAGUAUCAGGAGGUUUUGAGGAACCUCAUGAAGCGCUAUGUUGCAGCAAUGAUCAGAGAUGCCAAGACAGAGGAAGGGCUAACGGAAGAGAAUUUCAAGGAGCUCAAGCAGGAUAUCUCCAGCUUCCGCUAUGAAGUCCUCGGAAUGAUGAAGGGUAAACCUCAAGGUGGGGUCGCAGGUAACGUUGCAAGCUCCAGCUUGGCUUACCCUGGAAACUCAUUCAAGUAUUCUCCCAAAUUCCCUAUCGAUGAGCCUCAACAGAAGCUAAACGUGUUUGACAUCACCUCCCCCCACCCUGCAGAGCGGAAUACGGAGGGAUUUGGUGGACAAAACCAAAAACACCUUCAGACUGAGAGAGUGAUCGUUGAAGUCGUACAGAAAGUGGACAAGGACAUUCAGGAGAUUGACAUUUCUUGCAAAGAACACACUAAGGCAGUAAAAAAUGGUCCAAAAAAAUAUGAAAAUUAAUUUGUGUUUUUAAUGGAGAGAUUUUGAUAAUGAUUUAAAACAUUUUUGGAUUGAAACUUUCAGUAAUUCAACUACCAUUUGUAAAAAAGUUUAUCAAAAAUAAUUGUAUUAUUUCAUGAUUAUAAGUUAAACCAUAUAUGCAGUUAAAAUAAUCUUGUAUCCUGCAAUACAUAUAAUGGUAUAGUAAUGUUAUGUUAUCUCACAUUAUAUUACAUGCAUUCACCUCUGAUUGAUAGAAGAUACAACAAAACUGAGAGGAUAGACCUCAGUAAGGGCUAACUUGAAUUGUGAAGCAAGUUCCUAAUUCCUAUUUUACCAUGAGCAUUUAAUUCCAAAGAGCCCUGACAUCCUGCUGCCUAUUAUAUCCUCUUCCACCUUGAACUUCUGACUGUGAUAUGCAAAAUCAUCUUCUCUAUGUCUUCAAAAAAGUAAUAUUCAUCGUAUACUUACAGUAUCCAUUCCUCCGCCACUGAGUCAACAGAAGUUUAGUUGUAUUUAAUACCGGAACGAAUUCUAUAUUAAACUUGGACAAAUAAUACUGUUGAUUAACUAGCAAUGUAACACCUAGCUAGUUCAGAGUUUAGGGUCAGCUUCUCUUUUACUCCACCAUGAACUCCCUAACCUGUCUAGGGUGAGAGCAACAUAUUUUACUGGUAUUCUGUCGUUGAAGCAGAAGAGGCACGCAAUGCAAUCUAAUUGAGAUUUGUUGCGAGCUGUAUUCCUUAACCUGGUGUGCCAUACACUAUAAGUUGCAGGCGUAAGGGCCCUUAUUUGGACUGUGUGUUACUGUGCUAUUUUAUUUAUUACUUGUAAUGUAAUGAAAUUACUCUGCAAAUAAAUAAGAGAAUGUAAUUCAAAAAACAUUGUUCCUAAUUUUCUUUUUGAGUCAUUUGUUGCCACCCCUUUCAACAUGCUGUACUCUUUAUCCAUUUCAAAAUAUGCAUAUUUCUAACAUUAGGACAGAGAGAAGAUGACACAACGAUGAAGAAAACAACUGAACUUUUUUAGUUGGCCUUUCACUUGAGUUGCUUUUCGGCUGGAAUCUUCGCUCUCAUGUUGUUUACUGCAGAAAAGAUUUCAGUAAAUAGUUUGUUACCUUCUCUCUGGCUGUAUAUACAGUGGUCCCUCUAACACAGUGCACUAGAUGCACAGUUAACAUAGACAUCCUCCUGAGAGACUUUUCUCUCUUUCAGACCUUCAGAGAACAAGCAUUACCCAAGGUUCUGGUGCACUCUUUGAAUUCUUGUUUGGUACAUUAUUCACAUCCUGCAUGCCUUUCCAAUCAGCUGUAAACUGAAUGAUGAUCAUCCAAUAAUAACAUAAUUCUGAAAGGGGCAAUUCUGCAUGUUGACGUUGAUUUAAAGUAUUAACUCAGUUAAUUUAGGGGCCUUAACACUGUUAAAAUUUAGCACUUAACACUAAUAAUUUCAUGAUUAUGUGGUUAGAAGACAAAUUACUUUGUGUUGAA